UGGCAUGGCGACAACAAGGUCGACAGGGGCGAUGAAGUGGAUUUUGGUGAGUUGGCGGCUUUCUUGCCCGCGAAGAUUUGGUUCGAACGGGAAACAGCUGACAACACCGACAGUGGGAGGGCGUCACUUCGUGUGCAGGGCACAACAGCAGGCCUGUCGUCUCCUACCCAGUCAAUCCUGCUGGCCCAGUCCAGUCUAACCGGGGCUGAGCAGGUCAAGCUUGUUUCAGCGGCUCCAAAGUCGUCCUAUUGGCCAGGCACUCAGGUCCUACAUUGA